UAUCUCUUAUUAUUUGGACAGAAAUGGAGAGUGUUGAAGCUGCAAGUGCGAACUCCGGGAGAGUUGGGAUCAUUGUUUGGACCAAUGCCAUGACAAAAACCAUGCUUGGUUUUUUGGCUGGUCUUGUUGCUGAUGGGAAGAGAACGUCAAGUGGCUUCAGGGACGUGCAUCAUAGACAAUGUGCUAUUGUUUUGAACGAGCAAUUCAAGCUUUCUGUCACCGGAGAGCAAGUCAAAAAUCAUCUCAAGAAGUGGAGGAAGAUUUGGACGAAGGUGGUCAAUUUGAAGAAUUUAAGUGGAGCUCUAUGGGAUGAAGAUACUUGCACAAUUAGGCUCAGCGAGGAGCACUAUGCAGGGCAUUGUAUGACCCACAAAGCUGAUGCCCCUUCCUGAAUACCCCAAUUGAGCACUAUCAUGCCAUGGCUGCCAUUUAUGGGACAAUUGGGGCCAAGGGGCUGAAUGGCAGAUCUGGCAAUGAUCUUCUUUCCAUUGAUCUUGAAGACGAGGAGAACGGUGAGGUCAACACGUCACCAAAUGUUGGUGAAUCUUCUGUCCCCAAG